GAACAAUGUAGUAAAUUAUUAGAAAUUAUCAAUAUAACAAUAACAACAAUACAUUUUAUUCAACUUAUUACUUAUGCUUAGUGUCUGAGUAUUAUGAAUCGUAAAAGAAAGUUCAUUGAUAACAGCUUUCCACCAGAUUCAAAAUCCUUGUAUUAUGAUCCGAAAAUUAAUAAAGUAGAAUGCCAAUGGCUCAGACCUUGUAAAAUAAAAUCUUCUCAUGCUGAAUCUGAAAUAGAUUGGGUUAUGAUUCGAUAUCCAUUAGAAGCUUCAGAUAUAGUACAAGGUUCUCUUGGAGAUUGUUGGCUUAUGAGUGCUUUGGCUGUAUUAGUUAAACAGCCGCAGCUAUUAGAAAGAGUUAUCGUUACAAAAGAUAUAUGCCCAGAAGGAGCCUAUAAAUUUCAGCUAUAUAAAAAUGGUUAUUGGAAAUUAGUUGUAAUUGAUGACUUGCUUCCGUGUGAUGCCAAUGGAUUUCUGCUAUAUUCAGAAGCAAAAAGAAAACAACUUUGGGUUUCAUUAAUUGAGAAAGCAGCUGCCAAAUUACAUGGUUGUUAUGAGGCUUUAGAAUCUGGAAGGGUUAUUGAUGGACUACAAGUUCUAACAGGUGCUCCUUGUGAGAAUUUAAUUUUGAACUGUAAAUUGUUAUGUUUAAGAAAUCCUUGGGCUAAUUAUGUUUGGAAAGGAAACUGGUCAACUCACUCAAGACUGUGGACUUCUAAGUUAAGGAAAAAAUUAAUGCCUCCCGAUAUCGAAGAAAGCAGUUUUUGGAUAUCAUUUGAGGAUAUAUUGAAGUAUUUUGAUUCUAUAGAUGUAUGCAAAAUAAGAUCAAAUUGGCAUGAAGCUCGGUUUGAAGGCACUUAUCCAUGUUUUGCUGAUCACAAAAAUCUUACAGCAGUUAAAAUAUAUAUCUCAGAAUUAACAGAAUUGGAAUUAAUGCUUUUUCAAAAUGAUCAAAGGAAUGUAGAAAAUUCAGAGAGAUCUUAUCUAGAUCUUUGUAUCACCGUGUUUCAUACAGCAUCAGGACAUGUUGGAUUAUUCAAGGAAUGCAGCAGCCGUCAAAUUAGAUGUUUUGUUGGUUGUAAUACCAUGUUAGAAAUGGGAGAAUACGUUGUCAUUUGCUUUGCUUUUAAUCAUUGGAAUAUAAAUUUAAAAUCUAAAGACUAUCCUAAAAGUCUUCUAGUCAUACAAAGUUCAAAAUGUCUUCAAAUGAAAAAAGCAUUAUCACAUAAACAUAUAUUUGCUGAUUCCAUUAUUAAUUUAGUCAUAGCAAAAGGAGCAAGACAUGAGGGAAGAGAAGGAAUGACAGCAUAUUAUUUAACAAAACACUGGGCAGGAUUAGUGGUGGUUAUAGAAAACAGACUACCAAAUCUUGCAAUUCAAGUUAUCUGUGACUGCUCUGAAAGUACAAAUAUUGUAUCAACCAGGAAGACUUUGUUUACAGCUGACAGGGUUCCACCUCUUCAUAGACAAGUUGUUAUGCUCUUAACACAAGUUCGAGCUGGAGAAAACUAUACAAUAAUUCACAGACUGACUCAUUAUUUAUUUGGUAACAAAGUUGUUCAGAAAAUUUUACCACCAGGAAUCAAGCACAAUCCAAGAAUUAAUUCAGAACUAUCUGGACUACACGAACCUAUACCAUUUGAGAAUAGUACAGCAAAUUUUCACUUAAUUUCAUCAAUAAGUUCUUGGAAAAUCCAAUGUUAAGCGAAACAAAGUAUAAUGAAACCAAUUUUACCAUAAGGUGAAUGAUUUAAUUUGGUUAUUAUUAUUCUAUCUUUUUUUAAAUUGUAUUGUUUUUGCAACCUCCAGCAUUAUUUACCACGUCAUGUAAUAAAUUUUACUGUUCAUAAAGUAAAUUCAACAAUAAUAAUUGUAAAUAACUACAAAUGAUAUGUUAAAUUUCAGAAGCCUAUAUCUCUACGAGAAAUGUGUGAGGGUCGAAACAAAAAUUUAAUUUCAAAUUAAUUAGGAGCGAAAACGCUAUUGUCGAGUUAAACCAAGGGUUAUGUUAGUUAUGUAAGGAAGAGGAGAGGAAAAAAAAACUGUAGCUGUCAAACAAACGUAACGCGAAAACAAAUGACUUAACAGAUCAGAUGGAAUGUCGGUCAGGAAAGUUAGCUCUGACUCAAGCGCUCAUAAACAGUCGAUAUAGGAAACAUUUCUUAAAUGGGGAAAGUUUUGA